AUGUCAUCAGAAACGUCGUCGUCUUCAAAAGUGCCGCCGGGCGCUCCAACCGAGCCAAAGUCAUUUCGUUUCUCGCGCAUGGCCUCUCGUUCACGACUGCAUCCCAACCUCAGUCGCUGGAAUCGCGCCCCUUCCCCUUCAGUACCUCGUCACAGCAGCAGCCCCCUCGUCCAUAGUCCUCUGCAGCAAUCGUUCCCUGCUUAUCAAGACCCUGCAAAGUCAGCACCCAAUUCUCCAGGGAGCACGAUCAUGCAGCAGACCCCUUCUCGUCAGUCUCGCCCCGCUGAGCAAGAUGUUCGUCCCCGAGGAGAAUCGCGUUCGUCAUCUGUGCCUACUGUCGUACGGACUCAACAAUUUUCGGAAGCUGAAGGUGAAGGUUCAAGCCGACGCUCGAUGCAAUCCCGCGCUGGACCUAGUUCGCGGGCUACCUCACCAGGAGACAGCCGAGACAGCCACAACCGUCGCUCUGUGAAACACCUCACUUGCUUUUGGUGGUGGGAGAAGGGGGAAUGCAAAUACUCUGAAGAAGAUUGCCUAUACGCACACCACGACACAGGCCAUUACACAGCUGCACCUCGCCAGGUGGUUCCAGGGGAACCGGCCAAGGCUGGGAGAUCUCUAGAGCGAGCAUUGAAUAAGCUGGCUAUAUCAAAUCGCUCGUCUGCUUCGGUGUCGUCUCUGGCAGGAGCUAAUAUUAACAAUGUUGAGAUUAUCGGCAGUGGCAGCAGUGCAGUCUCCAGACCUGUUACUCCACUCAUUAGCCACAGCCGGCCGAGCACUCCUUCUCCUCGCAUGAGCAUGGACCUUGGUCAUGCCGCUCACCUCCAAACUGACAACGAGUUCCUCCGCAGCCUCGUCCAGCAAACGCAACGAGAGAAGCGCGCUUUGAUGGACACAAUUGAGACUCUUCAAGGAGAAAAAUCUCAGUUGAAUAUGCAAAUCGAAAACAUGGGCCAGGAGCGUAACGCACUACUCACAGAGCGAGACAUCUUACAUGCUACAAUCAAGAAGUUGCAAUUCCCAGCUGGGGCCAACCCCUAUGUCCAGGGUUAUGGCCACAGUGGUCCGAUGAGAUCUCCAAGUGCAACCACCUUUCCAAGCAACAAUCCCUGGGGUGCGAUUGGAACCGGAAGUCGAGGAGCUGGAACCAGUCCAAACGGCACUCCUGUCGAUAGUCCUGCCAUGCAAGCACGCAGCUUCAGUUUCGCAGCACUCGGCGCCCUCGGUCCCGUGGGCAGCAUGCCUACUCAUCUCGCCGGCGGCACUGCGCGGACGAGCAUGAAAUCUUCCUCUGCUUCACCCUUGAACUCCGCUGUCCCAACUCAUGGACCGGUCAACGGAAAUGGCCUUGAGCGUGUAAAUGUAACGGCGGAUACACAACUCGACGAUAACCUUCUCUCAAGCGACAUGGAAGGGGAGAGACUCAAGUCUUUGCUGAGCAACUUGGGACCGGGUUUCUAA